GUGAAAGCUUAAGAAAAAGCCGGGAAAGAGGAAGAGCGACCUCCAAGCCUCCUUCAUUAUUGCUUUCAGCACAUCUAUAUAUAUAUAUAUAUAUAUACACGCACACAGUCUUCUUGUUUCUCUCUUUAUGUCAGUGAUAUCACAGUGAAAGAAAAGAGAAGAAGAAGAAGAGGAAGAAAGAAUCAGAGUUUGAUCUGAAAGUUUUGUACUGUAAAUGGCAGAGAGAUCGGUGGAGGAGUUCUUGAAGGAGUGCCAGCAGUCGGGGGACUCCGCCUAUGCCGCCUUGAGAUCGGUUCUGGAGCGUCUGGAGGAUCAGAAAACCAGAGUGCAGGCUCGGAUUUUCCUCGCCGAUCUCCAGAAACGCUUCCCUUCCAAAGAAGCCCGUGACCAAUGCUUUGACUCUUACCAUUUCAGGAUCGAAGACAUUUUCCUUGACCAAUACGAGGGUUAUCAAGGGAGGAAGAAGCUGACGACGAUGGUGAUCCCUAGUAUAUUUAUCCCAGAGGACUGGUCCUUCACUUUUUACGAAGGAUUGAAUAGACAUCCGGACUCCAUUUUUAAGGAUAAGUCUGUUGCUGAGCUUGGUUGUGGCAAUGGUUGGAUUUCCAUUGCCAUUGCUGAGAAAUGGUUGCCUUUGAAGGUUUAUGGGCUCGAUAUAAAUCCUAGAGCCGUCAAGAUUUCUUGGAUAAACUUGUACUUGAAUGCUUUGGAUGAACAAGGUCAACCCAUCUAUGAUGGGGAGAAGAAAACUCUGCUGGAUAGGGUGGAGUUUCAUGAAUCUGAUCUCUUGGGUUAUUGUAGAGAUCAUGACAUUCAACUUGAUCGAAUUGUUGGAUGCAUACCUCAGAUUCUUAACCCCAAUCCAGAUGCAAUGUCUAAGAUGAUUACAGAAAAUGCAAGUGAAGAAUUUCUGUAUUCUUUGAGCAAUUAUUGCGCACUUCAGGGUUUUGUUGAGGAUCAGUUUGGCUUAGGUCUUAUUGCUAGAGCAGUAGAGGAAGGAAUAGCUGUCAUCAAACCUAUGGGGAUAAUGAUCUUCAAUAUGGGAGGUCGUCCAGGACAAGGCGUUUGUAAACGCUUGUUUGAACGACGUGGUUUCUUUGUUAAUAAGCUUUGGCAGACUAAAAUUCUUCAGGCUGCUGAUACGGAUAUUUCAGCCUUAGUUGAAAUUGAGAAGAACAGUCCACACCGUUUUGAGUUCUUCAUGGGACUUUCUGGUGAUCAACCUAUUUGUGCUCGAACAGCCUGGGCCUAUGGAAAUGCUGGUGGCCGAAUCUCUCAUGCAUUAUCAGUUUAUAGCUGUCAACUUCGCCAACCAAAUCAGGUUAAAAAAAUUUUUGAAUUUCUCAAAAAUGGCUUUCAAGAUAUCAGCAGUUCCUUGGAUUUAUCAUUUCAAGAUGAUGCUGUUGCUGAUGAGAAGAUUCCCUUCCUAGCUUAUCUAGCCAGCAUUCUGAAAGAAAGUUCUUUUUGCUCUUAUGAGCCACCAGCUGGAAGCAAACAAUUUCGUAAUUUCAUUGCUUCUUUCAUGAAAACAUAUCACCGUAUUCCACUAAGUGCUGAUAAUGUUGUUGUCUUUCCUUCAAGGACUGUGGCAAUUGAGAAUGUACUUCGAUUGUUCACACCCAGCCUUGCAAUUGUUGAUGAACAUCUGACUCGACAUCUUCCUAGGCAAUGGUUAACUUCUUUGGCAGUUGAGAGUAAUGGAACUGACGACCCAUCAGAGGAUGUGCUUACAGUCAUUGAAGCACCCCGCCAGUCAGAUUUGAUGAUAGAGCUGAUAAAGAAGCUAAAGCCACAGGUGGUGGUAACUGGGAUGGCUCAAUUUGAGGCUGUUACUAGUGCAGCUUUCGUAAACCUUUUAGAUAUCACAAGAGAAAUAGGAGCUCGCCUUUUCUUAGACAUAUCUGAUCAAUUUGAACUAUCCAGCCUUCCAGGUUCCAAUGGAGUCCUAAAAUAUGUUGCAGAAAAUCCUCUACCCUCCCAUGCGGCAAUUAUAUGUGGCUUAGUAAGGAAUCAGGUUUAUUCAGAUUUAGAAGUAGCUUUUGUAAUUUCAGAAGAGGAGGCCAUAUUUAAGGCACUCUCUAAGACUGUGGAACUACUGGAAGGAAAUACCGCAUUGAUAAGUCAAGGUUAUUAUGGUUGUCUCUUUCAUGAACUCCUAGCCUUUCAGCUUGCUGACCGACAUCCACCCGCAAAGAGAGAAUGUGAAAAGGCCAAAUCAGCCGAGUUGAUUGGGUUUUCUAGUUCCACUCUCUCUGUCCUCAGCAAUGCCGAAUUGUCAAUUACUGAGCCAGAGAACACCUCCCCCAUUCACAUGGAUGUUGAUCAAAGCUUCUUGCCUGUACCUUCUUCUGUCAAGGCUGCUAUUUUUGAAAGUUUUGCAAGACAGAAUAUGGCUGAUUCUGAAAUAGAUGUUACUCCUAUCAUCAAGCAAUUUAUCAAUAGCAAUUAUGGGUUCCCAGUUGAUAGCAAGACAGAAUUUAUAUAUGGUGACAGCACACUGGCUCUGUUUAAUAAAUUGGUUCUGUGCUGCAUCCAAGAAGGUGGGACUUUGUGCUUUCCAGCCGGCUCAAAUGGAAACUAUGCCUCCGCUGCCAAAUUUUUGAAAGCAAACGUUGUAAAUAUACCUACUAAUUCUGAAAAUGGCUUUAAGCUCACUGAAAAGGCACUUUCAGGAGUACUUCAGUCUGUAAGUAAGCCGUGGGUGUACAUUUCUGGACCAACAAUUAACCCAACCGGUUUGAUUUACAGCAACAAAGAGAUAGAAACCAUAUUACAUAUUUGUGCUAAAGUGGGUGCUAGAGUUAUUAUUGAUACUUCAUUUUCGGGACUGGAAUUCAACUUUAAGGAUGGUUGUGACUGGGAUUUAGUUGCCAGUUUGUCCAAGCUGAAUUGUUCUAACAAUACCUCUUUUUGUAUCUCUUUGCUCGGAGGACUGUCUCUGAAGAUGCUUACUGGGCCUCUCAAAUUUGGGCUUCUGGUUCUAAACCAGCCUGUUUUGAUCGAUGCAUUUCAUAGCUUUCCAGGAUUAAGUAAACCUCAUAGCACUGUUAAAUAUGCUGUAAAGAAGCUGCUGGGUCUGAGAGAACUGAAAUCUGGGGAUCUGUGGGAGGCUAUUGCUGAACAGAUAAGUAAUUUCAAGAGCAGGUCGAAACACUUAAAAGAGAUACUGACGAACUGUGGGUGGGAUGUGCUUGAAUCCCAUGCUGGCAUUUCCAUGGUGGCGAAGCCCUCUGCCUAUCUGAACAAGAUUGUUAAACUCAAUAAUUCACCCAAAGAUGGAAGCAGUACUGAAAAUUCUACGACUUAUGAAGUUAAAAUUGAUGACUCAAAUAUCAGGGAAGUCAUUUACAGGGCCACUGGUUUGUGCAUCAACAGCAGCUCAUGGACUGGAAUUCCUGGCUACUGCAGGUUCACCAUUGCACUGGAAGAAAGUGAGUUCAAGCGUGCGUUGGAUUGCAUUCUCAAAUUAAGAGCAUCACUAGUAACUGAAGUGUUCUAGUAUUGUGAUCUAUGAUCUGAUUCAUUGUCUUGAUGGAUUUUUUUCUUUAAACUUUCCGGUCCUACUGGUGUUUCCACUGAACACAAGUUGAUUUUUGUUUUUCCUCCAUUCAGCAUUGGUCAAGGGUUUUUCCUCCCUUUAUCCUUACACAACUAUGAAAAUUGAUCUUUUUCUCUUUUUUCUUUUGUCCACAAUGUUGAAGAAUCUCAUAUUCUUUUCAAUUUCACCUAUUUAUGUGAACAUUGUUAAUCUAUAUAUUGAAUUUUAUA